AUGAUUGCCAUCAAGAGAGCUGCAAGGGAUGAGUUCCAGUAUCCAUGCAGCCGUGAACUGACUGUAAUGGCAAAGCGUCUCAUGGAGUACUACCCAAUGCUGCGGGACAAAUCUGCAGCCGGUGGAGCUGAGUGGGAAUCUGUGAAAAAGCAGCUUUUGAAAAGGGUCCAGAAUGUGACAACCCCCAAAAAGAAGCAGGGAGCGACUCCUUUGAGAAAGAGGCGUCGGGCCCUUAGCUUUGAGAGCAGCAGCAGCAGCAGCAGCAGCCAGGAGACACUUACUGAUGACUCUGGGUCCACUGCUUCAACUUUGAUCUUGGAAAGAUCUGAAACUACUGAUAGCCCACAGAACCAGGCAAGGCAUUACAAAAUUCUUCAGGAGCUGUACAAAUCCAAGCCCAGACCCAAUAAGAAGGAUGUUGCCCAGCUGUUGGACCUUGAAUACCAAGCAAGAUGGGCAUACAUUGACUCUGAUGUUCUUAAGGAGCAGGACAGGCCUGCCAAGAUUCUUCAAGCAUAUCCCUGCUUCAGAGAACUGGAUCAUAUAAUGGAUGAACUCCGGAGGAUCCUCGAUCAAGAAAACUCUCACUACAUACCUGAACUAAAGAACCGUUGGGAAACCUUUUAUGUGAAGGCACAGUUUUAUGGAGUUUUUAAAAAAGUAAUGAGGCCUCCGUUGUCGGAUAAAGUAAAGCAAUCUGUUGCCGUGAUUAAGGCUUUGCCAGACCUGUUCCCAUCACCUGUGGCUCCACACAAGAAGUUAGGACAUGCAAGUGCAGCUAUGCUUCACAUCCUUAAGUCAGCAGAAGACCCCAACACCUUUCUUCAGGCGAGACCACUCUCCAGCCCUGUUGUGAUUGUCUGUGAAACCAACUGCAUACUGGCCAUUGGAACCAUGCCUGUGUUGAUCUUCCCAAAGGAGGACCUCUCUGUCAGUGUGAUGUACAUCCUUGCAUGUUACUACACCUUUCAUCUUACAUAUCCCAAGUGUAUUGCCACACUCCUCUCUGUGCUGCAGACAGAAGUCCUCCUGGACUCCAUCCAUGACCGAGAUAUGACUUCGUCAUAUAAAAAAGCUAUGGCUGAGUGGAAGAAGUUCAUUACUGAAUAGGCUUGGACAUUAAUAAUAUGCCCGGCCCCAAUAUGUGUGUUUUGGAGGAGCUGUUGUUUUUUCAGCCUCUUGGAAAGUCAGACACGUUGUUCUGUCAUAUGCUUAUAGUUUAAUUUUGCCCAUUCAGCUUUUCAGCCUUGACCAGUGGUCUUCAUGUAUACUCUGCUGAAGUGCACAUACACACACACACACACACACACAGGACAUUCAUCCAUGACCGAGAUAUGAC